AGAGAGAGGGGUAGAGCAUAGAGUUUAAUAUGAAACAUCAGUACAACGGCGGCGAACUGGUCAUGGAGUCCCGGGUCUGUUUACCGUACCGCACCCCUUCCAGGCAGACUCACGCAGAUUCGGAGCCCAGUGCUACAGCGUUUUAUUCCCGUGACAAGCUGCACGGCGCGGCGGGUACCCGCAGCAGCUGCUGCAACUCUCGAUCCUACGGAGUUCCGGGGACCCGUUGCGAUUACUUGUACAUUGAUGGUCAUCGGAGGUCGUCAGCGGGGAGCCCGCCGAAGUACUUGGAGAGUAUCGAAGGAGGUCGGUCCGGGUCGUUAAAUGGCGAGGUGGACGCCAGCCCUGAGGCACUGAAUAUCAAGGUUUCGAAAUCCAUUGACUAUCAACUUAUGGACUCUGAUCGCCAAGAUCCGCUGAGAAUCUGUGGAAAACUGAAAGAGCCCCCAGGAAACGAGGUUCCCAGUGAACGGAGCGAGGGAGAUACCAGCAGCAAGAACAAGAAGCGGCGGAACAGAACCACGUUCACUAGUUAUCAGCUGGAGGAGCUAGAGAAGGUGUUUCAGAAAACUCACUAUCCCGAUGUGUAUGCUCGAGAACAGCUGGCUCUGGGCACUGAGCUCACCGAGGCCAGAGUUCAGGUUUGGUUUCAAAACAGAAGAGCCAAAUGGAGAAAACGAGAACGAUAUGGAAAAUUUCAUGAAGUCCGAAACCACUUUGCUGCGGCAUAUGACAUCUCGAUCUUCCCAAAACCAGAAAAUUAUCCUCAGAUACACAACAACCUUUGGUCCAGCAAUGCAACCAACACUUCUACGGUUUCUUCAUCCAUUUUGUCCCAAGAACCCAUGUCUUCAUCUUGCAUGACACCUUAUUCACAUUCCCAUGGGAAUGUUAAUGCAUUUAUGGGGAUCUCCGGCUCUCCUUCUCACCAUAAUGGCAUCAAGAGUCUUUAUUCCCUUCAUGGAUUUCCCAGUUCACAUGCCAACCAUGCCUUUGAACCAGUUCCUGAAUCUGACUACAAAACAUCCGGUCUUGUUGCUCUUCGAGGGAAGCCAAAAGAGCCACCAGCUUUUCUUUCAUGGACUAGGUGAUUGAAUGGCAGGAGAUGACUGCUUUGACUCAAGUUCUUUUUAUCAUUGAAGAGCUUAUCAAUAUCAUUGUGCUUUUAAUUCUGAGUGAUUAUGAGUUACUUCAUGGAGAGUCAAACUGUCACAUCACACACAUGAGGAAGGACUAGAUUAGAAAGAUUUUAUUUUUCCUCUUCAGUAUCAAGAUUCUUACCUCUUCUCUUUGUUGCCUCAACCAACAAUCUAAUUCAUUGAAAGUUCCAUAGAUUACAAAUUCUACCACGGACUGCACGUCGCAGAGCAGAUUUGCAUUGAGUUAUGAUUUUUUUUAUUAAGCGAAGUGAAUGUUACUGACCUAAACUCUUACAUGUCAAAGAGCAGCAAAUUUAAUUUAAAGCACUUCAUGCUGCAAAUAUUUCCGAUUUGUUAAACUUUAUUAAUUUGGUAAAUCUGUUCCAAAUGCAAACUGCUAUUUUAGAAGAAUAAUUCAAAACAAUAAUGUUCAACCGUUACACAAUAGCUGUAGGAAAUAUUGUAUGGUGAUCAUGAAUUUCUUAAGUAAUUUGUAUACUGCUUGGAGUAGCACGGAAACACACAGACAUGAGGUCCCAUGUCGAAUACUCUGCCUCUGAUCGUUGAGCUAGGACAGGAUAUCUGGUGAAUGAUAUUUUAACUGGACUUAAGAGGGAUAACAAGUCAGAUAGGGGUCCAGCACUUGUUUAUUUUGAGUGAUACCUGUUGCAAGUAUCAGGCUAUGCAAUAAUAAUGGCAUUGAAAUACCCACCAGUGGCCAUUCACCCCAUUCAUCUGUAUUGGUACUUUCCUGGAACAAUCCACUGUCAUGCUGAACAUGUGUACACAUCUCAGAGAUAAAAACAUUGCCAACUCUCUAGAUUCAAGCAUAGAGAAAGAGCACUUGGAUAGGCUCCUGCAGGAAUCUGAUAACAGUGGAAUCAUAUCAGGGCCUCCAGAAGAGAAAGGGUCCAACUGACGGGUGUGGAGGUUGCAACUCCUACACGUGCUGGAUAAGGGGGAAAAGUGCCAAGGAGAGGUUCUGCCAUAUAUUACAUAUUAUACAUUCUCCAUAUGGAAUUCCAAGUACCUCUGUAAACCUGGGUCAUAUGUACUGUGUGGACGCACCAAUAAUUUCUUUUGAUGUGAAAGUAUUUAUUUUUGUAUUUGUGAUGAGAUGAACACUGGCAGGAUGCUUUGCAUUAUCUAACACUGGUUUGCCCCGGUGGCAACCAGAGUGAACCAUACAGUGCAGGACCAGUCAUUUGUAGUCCAGACUAGGUCAGGGUGGCUGCUUUCCUUCUCUGAAGAUGAGUAAUCAGCGAGUUUUUCUUUAAAAUUUCACUUGCCAUGUGCACUUUUUAUAUGGUGUCAGCCCCAAAAUUAGAGAUACAUUAAUUUUCCAUAACAUUCUUAUGCUGGGAUUUGGAAUGCUAUAUACAGUUUAAACCACCCUAUGCUUUAAAAUAUCCAAAAGCAGUUUUCCUAGAUUUCUGAGGCUUGAUGAAUUUCCAGGGCAGACACUGAAAAUGCUAAACUGAAUUGUCAAUCCAGAUUAUAUACUCUAGUCAAUCAGACUCCAGGCUCAGUGACACUGAGUUAAGCUGUGUAGAACUGCAGCAUACCAAUUUAUGCAAUCAAUUUUACAUUAUAAAAUUUUAGAGUACGGAAAAAGACCAAUAAGUUUACCGUGGUCUUUGAUCCUGUACAUUAAAAAAAAAUAAUUUGCUGCAUGUCUACUUCCCUAUUAAUAGCUGUUACACAUUUUCUUUCUGUCUGGUUUUUUUAUUCUUCAGCAUUCAAUAUCUAAUCAAAAUCUCUGUAAUAAAUUUUUGGUUUUUUUGACUCUAAGGAUAAAUUUUGUGCUCUGUUGAUACUGAUUCACUGGCAAGUUAAAAUAAUUUUAUGCAUUAUCAAUAUCUUUGAAAUGUUAAUGAUCUAUUAGAUCUCCUAAAGUGUGAUGUGAUUUUUCUGGUCUUUCCUCAUGAUUAAAAUCCUGGAAUUGUUGCUAACAUUGGUUUGUUUCCAGUGCUGAUCUGCUUUGUCUGUCUAUGAUAGAAUUCUUCAUUGUAUGGUAUAUAAAGUCCACUUAUAACCAGCUUAUAUAGGAAAUCCUAAUUAUAAUAGAUCACAUAUGUUGCCCUUUAAAGUAACAUUCUGAUACGCCUUUCAGCGCAGUCACAUACCAUUGUAUACCUCUCCACCCAGCUAUGCCUGUUUCAUACGGCACAUAACACUAAUCAACUCUUGCAUAAUCUGUCAAUCAUAGCAAUACAUCCACUGUUAUAUAUCACACAUGCCACACUUUCACAUAAUAAUAACAUCCUCACAUAACUUCAGCUUCUACAUUAUUGAAAAAGACCUUAAUAGCUUUCAUCAGAAAUGUUCAGCUUGUCAGAAAUCUCUCAGUCAGUUGCACCCACCUAUCAAAUAGCACGACCUGCUUCACACCCUCCACUUAUCAUAGUAACCUUGCUUAGUACUAAUGGACAGUGGAGCA